AUGAAAAAUAAUUUUGAAGCAUUUAGAAGAGACUCUCCUGAAUAUUUUUAUGUAUUAGAUUAAUUAAAACUCCCUACAAAAAUCGAAGAAAUUAAAAUAGUGACAAUUGAAGAUACAUGGAAUUCUAUUAAAGACAUGAACGUUCGUGGCGCUCCUUUAAUAUCAGUAGUAGCCACUUAAGGUUUAAGAAACUCCAUAUAAUAAUCUAAAAUAAAAAAUAUUCACGAAUUAAAAAAUCUCAUAAAAGAAUAAAUAAUAUAUAUAAGAACUUCUAGAACUACAGCCGUAAAUCUAUAUAAUGACACUCAAUAAAUUUUAGAAUUUUUAAAUGAAAGAAAAUUAGCAACACCUGGGUAAGGUACUGCUCUAGGAAUAGUAAGAGAAAUGCAUAAAAACGGUAUGUUAGACACCCUUUACAUAACCGAAACUCGUCCAUACAACUAAGGUGCCAGACUUACAGCCACUGAAACGGUUUUGGACAAUAUACCAUCAAUUUUAAUAACUGAUAAUAUGGUCGGAGCCUUAAUGUUUUAAUAAAAAGUUGAUUUAGUAAUUACAGGUGCUGAUAGAGUAGCUCUAAAUGGAGAUACGGCUAAUAAAAUAGGUACCUAUUAAUUAGCUGUGCUUUCAAAAUAUCAUAAUGUGCCUUUUUAUGUAGCUUUACCUUCCUAAUCAAUUUGCAAAAAAACAUUAAAUCAUAAAUAAAUAUAAAUAGAGGAGCGUCCUAGUAGAGAGCUUACACACAUAGGUGAUUUUCAAAUAGCUCCAGAUGGAAUUAAAGUUUGGAAUCCAUCUUUUGAUGUAACUCCAGGAGAAUUAAUUACUUCUAUUUUUCACGAAAACGGUGAAUAUGAAUUCGAUAGAGAAUUAGGAGUAUGGGAAAUGCUUUAAAAAGAAAAUUUAUUUGAUUAUUUAGUGAAAGAUUUAGGAUUUUUUAAGGAUAAAGAGAAAUUGAAAAUACUUAAUCUCGGAGAUGGAAAUAUGAACCUUGUAUUUGCAGUUUGUGAUGAAAAAUAAGGGAAAUCUGUAAUUGUUAAAUAAGCACUUCCUUAUGUAAAAUGCAUAGGGCCUAGUUGGCCGUUUAGUUUAAGUAGAAGUUUUUAUGAAUCAAAGGCACUUUAAUUUGAAUAGAAGUAUUGUAAAGAGUAUACACCAGAGUUUUAUAGCUAUGAUAAGGAUAAAAGUGUGAUUUGUAUGGAAUAUUUAGCACCGCCAUUUGUUAUUCUGAGAUAAGGGUUGUUAGAAUUUAAGAAAUACGAUAAUAUGGCAUUACAUUUAGCCGACUUUGUUGCAAGGACAUGUUUUUUUAGUAGUGGAUUACAUUUGAGUAAUAAAAGAUUUAGAGAAUUGAUGUCUUUUUGGAAUGGAAAUAAUGCUAUGUGCAAUCUUACAGAAUAAGUUAUAUUUUCGGAUCCUUAUGUGGAGGCUUAAUAUAAUAGAUGGACGCGUCCUUUUUUGGAUGAAAUUGUAGAUUAAUUUAAAAAUAAAGAUGAGGAAUUAAUACUUGCGAUUACUGAAUUGAGAAAUAAAUUUAUUAGUGUAAAAUAGGCACUUAUACAUGGAGAUUUACAUACAGGAAGUGUUAUGGUAAGUGAUUAAUAGACGAAAAUUAUAGAUCCUGAGUUCUCAUUUUAUGGGCCGAUAGGAUUUGAUUUAGGGGCUUUUAUAGCUAAUUUAUUCAUUAAUUAUUUCUCUUUGAAAUAAUAUGGGGAUAGCAAAUUUCAUGUAGACUUUGGGGAAUGGAUUUUGUAGUAAGUGAGGGUUUUUUGUGAAAGCUUCGAAAAUAAAUUCCUCGAAUUGUGGAAUUCGGAUGAUAAUGUGAAAGAUGGAUGUGAUUUUAUGAAUUUGUUAAUUGGAAAAAAUAAAAGUUUGAAAGAAAAAGCUCAAUAAAAAUAUUUGAAAGAGCUUUUUUAUGAUAUGGUAGGAUUUGGUGCAGCUAAGAUUAUUAGGAGAAUUAUUGGAGUUGCUCAUGUUUAAGAUUUUGAAAAUAUUAAAGAUGAUAAAGUUAGGGCUUAAUGUGAAAACAGUACAUUGUUGUUUGCGAGAUAUAUUAUGGUUAAUAGAAGAUAAUUUAAUUGUAUUUAAGAAAUAAUAGAUUUGGCAAAAAAAUAUUAUGCUUAAUGAUAUUCCUUUAAUAAAAAAUUUAAUAUAUUUAUGAUUAUCGUAUAUUCUUCAUAUCUCAUUAAAUUUUUUAUAGUAAAAAA